ACCAACGUGAGGCGAUAAAAUAAAUAUUAGACAAAAUUGUCACAUAUUAAAAAUAAAAAUUUGAGUCCGAUAUAAAAAUACAAAAUGGCAGAUGGACGUAGAUCUGUUUCGAAGACGACACAGGAAGGAGAGGAACAGAAGGAAUAGAAGUCGGAGCUUGGAAAAUUCAUGGAAUUAGUAUUAACAAAAAUGGAGAAAAUAAUAAUAAAAUAGAAACAAAAUUAAUUCACUUGGAUGAAAACAACAAGAAAAUGAGAAUAAAACUAAAUGAGACUAGUCAAAAAGCAGAAGGAAAUAGUAAAUCAUUAGAACAAAAAUUAGAAGAAAAUAGUCAAAGGGUAGAAGAAAAAUUAGAAGAAAAUAGUCAAAGGGUAGAAGAAAAAUUAGAAGAAAAUAGUCAAAAAGUAGAAGAAAAAUUAGAGGAAAAUAAUCAAUCAUUAGAACAAAGACUGGGGGAAAAAUUAGAAACAACACUAAUGAAGAUGGAAGACAAAUUGGAAGAAAAUAACAGAAAAGCAGAAGAAAAUAGUCAGAGGUUGGAAAAGAAACUUGAAGAGAACAUUAAAAGAUUAGAAGAACAAAUGGAACAGAGAGUAAACAAGAGUAUUGGAGAAGUGAAAAUGUUAUACGGAGAAAGCAUGAAUAAACAUGAAACAUUAGAAACUAAAUUAACUUCUGAAAAUCAAGAUAUAAAAACACAAAUUCAACAGCAUAAAGAAAAAAUAAAUAUGGUAGAAGAAGAUAUAGAAAAGGAAGCAGAAUGGACGAAUAGAAGAUUUAUCAUGGUAGAUGAAAAUAUAAAUCAAAUCAAGAAUGAACAGAAAACAUCCAAGGAGAAGGAGGAUCAAUUGGAGAAUAAAUUAAAGCUCGAAGUAAAAGAAGUAAAAAAAGAGAUAGAAAAGAUGGAGAAGAAGAUUACGAAUACAACUAAAGGAACAAUAGUCCAUACUAUAGAAACAUCAGAGAAUAGAAUAUAUUUUAAUGGAGAUUAUAAAUCUCAACAUCCUGUACCAUUUAUUCGAAUACUCAUGACCAAGUAUUUGCAAUACAAUGACUUCGACGAAUUUCGUGAGGUCAUUAGAAAUCAGUUGAAGGGUGAAGCAUUGAUUUGGUACACGAAUGUGGAAAAUGAGAUACAAAAUUUUGAUCAUUUUAAAACGAAGUUUUUGGAAUUUUCCUGGGGACAAUCUAGACAACAAGUCGUGAGAGCAGAAUUUUUUGGAGGAAAGUACAACUCAAACUCUAGAACAAGCAUGCAUUUGUAUGCUAUGAGGUUGUAUAGUGUUGCCCAGUAUCUGGAUGGAAAACUGACAGAGAAGGAACUGGUGAACCACAUAGUCGUUCAUUUUGAAAGUCAGAUAGAAAAUAUCAGACUGAAUUUUCAUUUCACCGACUUCAACAUGCUCUGCUAUUUUCUGAUUGAGAAGGAAAAAGCUUUUCAAAGUUACAGAGCUAGAAAUAACAAUAAUAACAACAAUUUUCAAAAUUUUAAUAAUAAUAAUUAUAAUGAUAACAACAAUGAUAAUAAUACCAAUAAUAAUCAGAAUUGGAACAAUAAAAAUAACUACAAUAAUAACAGUAAUAAUUAUCAAAAUAGAAAUCAAAAUAACAGAUUAAAUUCAAACAAUUAUAAUAAUAGAAAUAAUAAUGGACGUGGAGGUUAUAAUAAUAAUCAAAAUAAUAAUAAUAACAGAGGUUAUAAUAAUUAAGAAAUAAUAAUAAUAGAAAUAAUUAUAAUAACAAUAACCAAUAACCACAACCACAAGCGAGCCAAACAACAACAAGAGCUCCACCCGCCGAAGGUGCUGCGCUGGAUCAU